AUUCUGAUUCGCCGUGAUUCGAAUGGAAGGUUCGGCGCCGCGGUGAGUUUCGUCUGCAGUGUGACUUAAGCCGUUACGACCAGACGAACCAGGAAGCACCGUGGACAAAAAUCGAAUCAAUUAAAAGGAACGGAGAAGUAAUAAAGCAAAUCAGACGAUGUUUAGGACAAGCAGGAGAUGGACAUUUUCGUUGAAGAAUAAUUUCUAUCAAAUCAUUGAGUACUUCUGUCUAUUUGGCGCCUUUUAAACAAACCUUUAUGGAGAUAUAUAUGGAGUUUAAAAUGCAUGGAAUAUGUAUACUCUGGUGCGCUUUCUUUCAACUCACACUCACAGCAGAAAUUGCAUCUGCAAACGUUCUGGACGUGGCAUGCAUCAACUUCAACCCCGUCUUCGAUGCCAGCUCCUCGGCUUCGUAUUCCGGAAUCUUGAAUGGGGCUAGUAUCGCCAGCGAAGUGUCCUUCCAGCGAUCUGUCGACUUGAGCUCAGGAGCGAGGCAAUCGAACUGGUGUCCGCUUGGGGAUGCAGCGGCAGGAUGUGGGUUGCCUGAAGGAUCGACCGUUGACGCAAUGGGAAGAGUCACUUUUGAUUCUUCGGUUGGCGACAAAUUUGGCGUUUACGGAUGCCGGGCUGAGAGAUACAACUGGACCACCAUGACGUCUACUUUAUUCAUCAGAGAUGACGCCCAUUUCACUCCAAAAUACUUCACGGUGAGAGUCAGUCUGGACGAAGAGGUCAGCCUUGUAAUGAACCCUGGAUCAUCCGGCGGGAGUGGCUCGCUGAGCUGGCACUUGAAUCAUGUAGAUGGGCGCCAAAGCGACCUAUCCUCCAGAGUUUCGUCGAAUUCACUUAACAUCAGCAGGGCUAAUAAAGAGGACCAUGCCGGUAUCCAUCACUACUUCUAUACAGGCGAACCGGAUCGAGGGGGUCUUAUGAAGCUCAUUGUCAGAGGAUGUCUUGAUAACUAUUGGGGACCCGAGUGUCAGUACACCUGUCCUACAUGUUACAACGGAGGAGUCUGUGAUGAUGUUAGUGGACGUUGCGUUUGUCCACCCGGUUUCACUGGUGACCAUUGUCAGACUGCGUGUGAUCAGGGCAAGUUUGGUCAGGGCUGUUUAGGGUCUUGCGAAGCCAUUGGAUCUGGUCGAAAUGACUGCAGCGGUGCCGUUUUCUGCCUUCCCGAUCCCUACGGAUGCUCGUGUGCUGCUGGGUGGAUGGGGUUGAAUUGCAACCAAGCCUGUCCUGGUGGAACUUACGGAGCAGGAUGUACAGAGACUUGUCACUGCAACUCAUCCGAACCUUGUGACCUCAUCACGGGGGCAUGCUCCAAUGGGUGCGAAGAUGGCUGGACUGGCGACCAAUGCCAAGUCACUGUUCUGGACAUUACAUCUGUGCUGCGACGAGGAGGCGUACACGAUGCCGCGGAUGGUACCAAUUUCGUCGGCAUAUUCAUGAUCGGUGACAGCGCAAUUACUGGAGACCUCUCCUUGAGAUAUUACAUUGGCCGAGAGGUUGAUACUGGACCCGGAGAGACUGGCCAUGGGGCAUACUUUAUAGUUGAUGGUGGAGAGCAGACACAGGACUUGCAAGAGACCGGGCUGCCUCUGGGAACAAGCAUUGUCAAAUCUUCAACUCCCUUGCAACAUUCACUAAGAGCUGGAUUUGAUAAGACAAAUGGAGGGGAUGCACGAGUUGGUGCCUAUCGGAUGUCUGUUGAUUACAAAGGGUGGACAGAGAGGAACAUCUUGCUGAACGAGUAUCGUGGCGAUUCCAAUUCAGAAGUUUGGCCCGAGAAAUUAUCGAGUACGACAGGAGUUGGCGAGACCGUAACUCUCGCGGUAUCAACGAAUGCGUCUGUGAGCACUUCUUCUUUGAGAUGGCGAGUCAAUGGAGGUAGUGUACGUACGGAAUGGAAUGGAGUGUCAUCAGUGACAAUCAAAGAUGUUAGGAAAUCAGAUGAAGGAAUAUAUGAGUGCUAUGUCCAGAAUAACAGGGAGAGCGGAAAUCAUGCCAUUCUUAAGCUCAUUGUCAGAAGUUGUCCAUCUUCUAAAUAUGGUUUCAAUUGCUCAAAGAACUGCCCUGUGUGUUAUGGCGGUGGGAUAUGCCAUGACAUCACUGGGGAAUGUGUAUGCCGAUCAGGAUUCCAAGGAGUUAACUGCGAAACACUCUGCGGUGACAAUCUAUGGGGGAAAUCAUGUACUGUGAAGUGUUCUUCGAGCAAUCCUGGCUGCCCUGAACGACUCUUUUCCCCACCAGACCCUGUCGGGAUGUCGUGUAUCAUAGGAUAUGAGGGAAACAGGUGUCAGACAGAGUGCUCUGGUGACCAUUUUGGUGCUGGUUGUGAACUUGCAUGUAACUGUGAUGGUACCUGUGACCGUAUUACCGGAUGUGCAGGGCAGUGCUCAGACAAUUUCGAAGGGACAUAUUGCCAAGCCCUGAGAUCGGAUCUUGCUUGUCCAGAUGGCUAUUUUGGUACUUUGUGUAAGUAUCCAUGUCACUGCGAAGGAGGGAUGAACUGUGAAAGAACCAGCGGUCACUGCCCCAGUGGAGUCGCGUGCGCCGAGGGAUGGGCAGGUUCAGAUUGUCAGCAAGCCCUUCCACGACUGCUUCAAUCACCUUAUGUGUUUGAUGUCACCAACGAUUCAGUCCUCCUCGUAUGGAAUGCAUGGACGGACGGUUACGACUACGGCAACGGCCCUGCUGAUUCCUACCAGGUUGAUUACACUUGGACCGAUGACACAGGAAUCACUGGACGCUCUGAGACACCUAUGACAAUCGAAGGAGAUAGCACAGCUGAGAUCACUGGUCUUUUCGGUUUUAGGAACUACAGUUUCUACGUCAGAGUUAGGAGCGAAGUCGAGGGUCAGGUCAUUGCAGGUGUGACUAGUGGUCCAAUCAGUGCCAGAACUGAUUGUGGAGCUCCACUACUGGAACCGACCAUUCUUUCUACAAUCGUCAAUGGAACAGACAGUGUCACUCUGGAAUGGGAGGUCCCCGAAACCCCUUCGUCAUCAUGGCUUCAAUGUGAUUCAACGAUCUUUGGCUACAACCUUACCUAUUGGCCGAAGGAAGAUCCAACUAACUCUACAACUAUCCCAGUGGAUAGCAGUGGUGACGUAGUUGUUCAAACAGUUCAAAAGCUGGAUAGCUGCACGGAGUACAUGUUCUCCGUGGUCAUAGUUAAUUCAAUAAAUUUAGCCGGGCCUGCGAAUUGGACAUCAGCAAUGACUGAGAAGAUACCUCCUCAACCAGUGGAAAGUGCUGAUGCGAUUUCAGAUUCGUACAAUCAUCUGAUGAUCACGUGGUCAGAGCCAUUCAGCCAAUGCGGUGCUCCAAUUUACAAUGUAUCACGUAGGCUCCUUCUCCUUGAUCAGUGCGACGAUUCAUUCGCUGAUACAGUAACUUGGGAGGUUAGGAACGAUUCCAACAUUGAAUAUGAUGACCUGCUGCCGUACUCCACCUACGAAUUUACAGUCCUGGCCACCAUACAAGACUACGAUGCAGAAUCGGUCUACCUGAUAACACAUAACUCAACCGAGUCUAAUUCUACGGCGGCUCCCGAAGAUUUAAGUGUGGACACAGCAGUAAAGGGAGAAUUGGAGUAUCGUUGGAACAGUCCCCCAUGCGGAGAUCGUAGAGGGGCCGUAAGUUAUGACUACGCAUUCCAAGAAGAGGGAGGAGUUGACUUGCGAACUGGAAACCUUAUGGCGACAAAUAAACUCUUUGAUGGUCUAAAACAUUACGUGACGUAUGACUUUGAGGUCUGUCCAAGAACAACAGUGGGAACGGGUCCCUGCAUCUUCAAUCAAACCCGAACGCUUCCGAGUGAACCAACUCGAAUUCUCGGUUUCGAUAGCGAAGACGGCUCAACGAAUCAGACAUACAUUGCCAUCACGUGGGAGAAGCCUCAGUUAAUGAAUGGUGUAUUUGUAAGGUACGACAUCCAGAAGAAUGAAGAGGAUAUCAUCAACAUCGAGGACGAGGAAGACCGAAGCUACUCGUUUUCGGAUCUGGAACCAGACACAGAAUAUUCCAUCAGGGUACGGGCUGUGAGCAAUGGAGGACCUGGUCCUUGGGAUUCAAAAGUUGUUAGAACUGUACCAAUACCCGAACCUGGAUCUCCGGAGACGCCUUUUGCCACGGCAAAGACUUCCAGCUCCAUCACUAUAGAGUGGCCACAUAUCAACAAUGUAGAUCUAGGAAUAUAUCAGAUAACAAGUUAUACUGUCAGUUAUUCAUCAAGCACGGGCGGUGAAAAUACCGCAGAUGUCAAAAAUAUAACAGAUCCAAUGGUAUUCACGAUCUCACAGCUGAAAUCUGUAACGGAGUACUACAUCAAGGUUCGUGCUGUCAAUGAAGGUGGACCUGGUGGUUGGUCUGGUAGUCUGAUCGAAUCUACUGAGCAAAUACCGAAUGAAAUAAAUGCUUUGGCCAUAGGAAUGGGAGUUGGCAUUCCACUUCUCAUCUUCUUCAUUGUUUCAACAGGGUUUAUCUUCUAUAAGAAAAGGAGGAAUGCUCCACCACCGCCUUCAAAGGAAUACGAUCUAGAGAAUGUGAAUGAGAAUGAAUAUGGUGGCUCUUCAAACCUGGUACCGGUACAUACAACCAAUCCAAGCAACUCCAAACCGAAGCCCCCUCUCAAGAAGCGACCUUCACCAUAUCAGCCUAUACCGGUUAGCGAUCUGGGAAAGGAAAUCAGCGCUAAACGGAUGUCACACGAAGAAUUCGGGAAGGAAUUUAAGGCCUUGGUGAAUAGAAGUGAUGAGGGAUGCAUUGGAAGUAAUCCAGAGAAUAAAUCAAAGAACAGAUACAAGAAUAUCAUUACUUAUGAUGAACACCGAGUGAAACUCAACAGGUUGCCGACAGAACCGGGAGCGGAUUACAUUAACGCCACUUUCAUUGAUGGUUACAAAAAGGAAAAUGCUUUCAUUGCCACGCAAGGACCAAAUGAUGCCACUCUGGAUGGUUUCUGGCAAAUGGUUUAUGAGCAGAGGACAGCGACCAUUGUCAUGCUGACGAACCUGCGUGAGAAUAACAAGCCAAAAUGUAGUCAAUACUGGCCUAUCUCUGGGGAGCUUAAACGAUAUGGUGAAUUGGAAGUCUUUGCGAGAGAAGUAAAAGAGGAGGGAAGUUACGUGCUCCGGAUGUUCGACGUUGGGAAGCCUGGAAGAACACCUCACAGAGUGUCCCAAUACCACUACACCAUAUGGCCCGAUAUGGAAGUCCCAGAAAGCUCCCAACCGCUUCUUGACUUCAGGGAUAUAGUGAAGAGUUCCAACCCCAAAGGAGCUGGGCCAAUCAUAGUCCACUGCAGUGCCGGGGUAGGACGAACCGGUACUUAUAUAAGCAUUGACUGCAUGAUGGAAAUGAUUGAAGCGGAAUCGAAAAUCGAUGUCUUUAACUUUGUGAACAACAUGAGGAAGCGAAGGGCAUAUAUGGUACAAGUACAGCAACAAUAUGAAUUCAUCUACGAGACACUUCUCCAAUGGACUGUUUGUAAGAAGGUAUCAUUCAGUCUACUCGAUUUACAGUCUACUGUCAAGUCCUGGAAAACUACUCGAGAUGCUUCAGGAAAAACCGAGAUGUUGAGACAAUAUGAGGUUCUUGAAUUCAUGGCCCCUCGGGAAUUAAUAGGAAUGAACCAGAAGGGCUCAGCGCCUGAAAAUGCACCAAAGAAUCGCUACCCUCAUUUGGUACCAGUGGACAAAUCUAAACCUUUGUUGAUGACGCCUGGGGAAAAAGCGGCCGACAAUGAUUAUAUCAACGCAUCUUUCUUUGAUGUUGAGGGUCGUAAGAACGCCCACGUGUGUACGCAAUGCCCUCUGAAGUCUACCGUAGGAGAUUUCUGGCGCCUUGUAUGGGAUUACGAAAUAAACACGAUCAUUCACCUCAACGAAAUGGACUCGACAUGCACGCAGUACUGGCCGGAUAGCAAUACAGUCGAAUCCGGUUCGUUUACAAUCGAGCUACUCUCGGAUAGAAAGCUUUCAGAGACCAUGUUUGAACGGGUCCUCCAAAUUACCUCGUCCAAGAAAAAGGGGAAACAUAAGAUAACACAGUUUCAAUAUCUGGGAUGGCCAAAUCAUUCACUGGUUCCGAGCUCCAAGAUGGACUUCUUUGAUCUUCUUAUGCAAGCUGAGAAUAACAAUGCCUCUGAGAAGAAGUUCCUCAUCGUUUGUAUGGAUGGGGUUGGGGCUUCACCGACCUUCCUCGCCGCCCUUGCUGCUAUCGACAAAGUAAGGGAAGACAAGGUGGUCGAUGUAUUCAGCGCAGUCAAACGUCUUCGCAAGUCUAGACCGGGAGUUGUUGACAAAUUGGAACGGUAUGAGUUCUGCUAUGAUGUAUUAGCAGCCUAUCAGGAUUCAGUGCAGACCUAUGCCAACUACAUGUGAGAAACGGACACCAGUGGCUCCUCAAAGUGUGCUUCAAGCUUGUCAGACUUUUUUCUUUCACACCAGAAUUACAAAUAAAAUAGAUUCAACGUGACCAAUCGGAUGUGACCUGAAAAAACGCAAGAAUUUGUUUUUCUUUGACAUAAAAAAGGCUAUUAAGUAUCUUUUUUGGGGCACGUGCAGGCCUUUAAAAUGUUUUAUGAAUUUAAUAUUCGAGGAAAACCUCUCAGCUCAUAGGAUAAUGUUAGAAAAUAUUUAAAUCCAAUAUAAUUGUACUUCUUCAUUUGUACAUUAAUAGUAACGAUAAUGUCCUUUUUAUAACGUGAAUAGAAGUCAAAGAAUUUAGUAAUUUAUCGAGAUUUUUAUACAUAUUUUUGUUUUAUGAUAUAUUCGAUAUAAGGCUUGUACACCGUAGAAUCAUGUUUAAUAUUUUAAGCAACACAGUUUCAGCCCGUCAACCUAAGAACUAUUUUUGAACUUUCAAACAAACGGCUUUUUCGUUCAGUGUCUCGAAAGAAGAAAAAAAAUCACCAUCUCGGUCUUUCUGCCCAACAUUUUUUUUUCUCUAAACAGUAACCCCGCCAUACAGCUAUGUAUGUUUGCAAUUAUCUCGUUGUCUUUCUAUGAUUGUCUCAAUCUCCACCCCCUUUCUGUACCUUCGUAUUUUUGUCAUUAAAAAUAUAUAUUUUAUCUUUUUAUUCGUCCUUUGUCUUGUUAGUAUGAACAUUGGCAAAAUGAGCAUCCACAGUGUUUUGACAAACUCAUCAUCCGCCAUGGACAUGUUGGGCGUUCUGUAUGUUUCCAAUGUCCAAUGUGGUUUACCUCUGACUCUUCGGAUAAUGGGAACUAGUUGUCAGUGUUUGGUCUCGUUUUGUCAGUACCAUAUAUUUUUAUAUUGCAAUAAUUAAGUGUCGGGCAGCAAUAUACCAUGUUGCGUUUGUGGAAAUGUUGCAUUUUUCAUACAAAUUUUGUUAU